AUGGAAGUCGAUUCUCCCGCGCGAGGGACAAAAAGAAAGGCCGAUGAGGUUGAGGUAGCUGCCAAUGCACCUCGCCGUAUUCAAGCUCUUUCGCAAGAUGUUGUCAACAAGAUCGCAGCCGGCGAGAUCAUUGUAGCUCCAGUGCAUGCGCUUAAAGAACUCAUCGAAAACGCUGUCGACGCAGGAUCUACUGCUCUGGAGAUCUUGGUCAAGGAUGGCGGUCUCAAGCUUCUUCAGAUAACGGACAACGGACAUGGAAUUGAGCGGGAAGACAUGCCCAUUCUCUGCGAACGUUUCACAACCUCGAAAUUGAAAACUUUCGAGGACUUGACGUCCAUCGGCACGUAUGGAUUUCGCGGCGAAGCCUUAGCAAGUAUCAGCCAUAUCGCACAUCUCAGUAUCACGACACGAACCAAAGAAUCAAGCUGUGCUUGGCGCGCUUAUUAUGCAGAUGGCAAACUUAAUCCCCCAAAACCAGGCCAGAGUGCAGACCCGAAACCUGUCGCUGGCCGUCAAGGCACCCAGAUUACGGUCGAAGAUCUUUUCUAUAAUAUCCCUACGAGACGGCGUGCGUUCCGUUCUUCCAGCGAAGAAUAUGCCAAAAUUCUAGACCUUGUCGGUCGCUACGGUGUACACUGCGAGGGCGUUUCGUUCUCAUGCAAGAAACAUGGAGACUCUUCCAUGGGCAUCUCAGUCCCGUCUAGCGCCCGUACAGUUGACCGUAUCCGUCAAAUCCAUGGCAGCGCCGUAGCAAAGGAGCUCAUUGAAAUCCACGCUAGUAACGAUCGUUGGGGCUUCAAGUCCGAAGCCUGGGUUAGCAAUGCGAAUUACAGUGUCAAGAGAACCACGCUUCUUCUCUUUAUUAACCAUCGGUCUGUCGAGUCCUCGGCUAUAAAGAAGGCCGUUGAACAGACUUACGCUACAUUUCUUCCUAAAGGCGGCCAUCCUUUUGUCUAUCUGAGCUUGGAGAUUGAUCCUCAGCGUGUCGAUGUCAACGUACACCCAACCAAGCGCGAGGUCAACUUCCUCAAUGAAGACGAAAUCAUCGAGAUCAUCUGCGACGAAAUACGCUCGAAGCUGGGCAGCGUUGACACCAGCCGCACCUUUAUGACGCAAAGCCUGCUGCCCGGUGUCAAGGCUCCAGCGGCGGCAGUAGGCUCCACACCCUCCAACUUCACGGGGACAGCCUCUCCAGCAAGCCAAGCAGACGCGCCGUCAUCGACACGACGGACGCCACAGCAAAAGGGCGCGUCCCAAAAGCCGUACGAGAACAACCUCGUUCGGACGGAUUCCCGCGUCCGCAAAAUCACCACCAUGCUCCCACCCACCACGCAGCACCACUCAAGCGAGGCGAACGGCCCAGACGCCGCAGCACGGGACGAGCCAGUGUACGAGCAGACAGACAAAGAGCCGACGACGUGCCGCCUGACGACAAUCAAAGAGCUGCGCGCCGCGGUGCGCGAAAACAUGCACAACGAGCUGACAGACGUAUUCGCGACGCACAGCUUCGUAGGCAUCGUCGACACGCGGCGGCGCAUCGCCGCCAUGCAGGGCGGCGUCAAGCUCUUCCUCGUCGACUACGGCAUGCUCUGCAACGAGUACUUCUACCAGCUGGGGCUGACGGACUUUGGCAACUUCGGCACCGUGCGCUUCGAGCCGCCCCUCAACCUCCACGAACUGCUGCGCAUCGGGGCCGAGCACGAGAAGAAGAGCGCGGGCGCGGGCGCUCUGGACGAGGAAUUCGACUGGGCCGACGCGGUCGCGCAGGUCGAGGCGCAGCUGAUCUCCCGUCGCGAUAUGCUGGCGGAGUACUUCAGCAUGGAGAUCUCGGCCGACGGCCUCCUGCGCGCUAUCCCCCUCCUCGUGAAGAGCUACACGCCGCCGCUGGCCAAGCUGCCGCAGUUCCUGCUACGCCUCGGGCCCUUCGUCAACUGGGUCCAGGAGAAAGAGUGCUUCGAGACGUUUCUGCGCGAGCUGGCGGCGUUCUACGUACCGGAAGCUCUGCCGCCACCGCCACCGUCACCGUCAUCGUCUACGGAUGGAGAAGCGAGCGUAGAAGAAGAAGACCAGGCCGUUGCGGCAAGGAGGGCCCAUGUCGAGCGCGCGCUCGAGCACACGCUGUUUCCGGCUUUUAGGGCCAGGUUGGUGGCGACGAGGGGGUUGCUGAAGGGCGUGAUUGAGGUGGCGAAUUUGAAGGGGUUGUAUCGUGUUUUUGAGCGGUGUUGAGCAGCGGCGGG